CGUGCUGUGCGAUCCUUCAAGUGCAGACAGACACAACUCUCUCUCUCUCUCCCCACACCUGCAGCAGACGAACCCGCCGCCAGACCACCGAACAUACUGCGUUUGCUUUUCUGUCGCCGUCUUCGGAGUUGCGGAGGAACCGUGACAACUCUGCGGACGUCGUUGCGGCACUUUAAGAAGAGUCACUCACGCCUCAUUUACCGGAAAUACAGCGCAGAGGGCAUCGGCGUGAGGAUGGCUGCGUACAAGCUGGUGCUGAUCCGCCACGGAGAGAGCUGCUGGAACCAGGAGAACCGCUUCUGCGGCUGGUUCGACGCGGACCUGAGUGACACCGGGGAGCACGAGGCGAAGAGAGGCGGGCAGGCCUUGAAAGACGCUGGCUAUGAGUUCGAUAUUUGCUACACCUCUGUCCUAAAGAGGGCCAUCCGCACCCUGUGGUUUGUUCUGGACAGCAUCGACCAGAUGUGGCUGCCCGUCCACCGCACCUGGCGCCUCAAUGAGCGCCACUACGGUGGCCUGACCGGGCUGAACAAGGCUGAAACAGCAGCUAGACACGGAGAGGCCCAGGUCAAGAUCUGGAGGCGCUCCUUUGACAUUCCUCCCCCAUCUAUGGAUGAGGAGCAUGACUUCCACCAGAGCAUCAGCAAGGACCGCCGUUAUUCCGACCUGACGGAGGACCAGCUUCCCAGUUGCGAGAGCCUCAAGGACACCAUCGCCAGGGCUCUGCCCUUCUGGAACGAAGAGAUCGUUCCACAGAUCAAAGAGGGAAAGAGGGUGCUGAUCGCUGCCCACGGCAACAGUCUCCGGGGCAUCGUCAAGCAUCUCGAGGGUAUGUCAGAGGAAGCCAUCAUGGAGCUGAACCUGCCCACCGGGAUCCCCAUUGUGUAUGAGCUGGACAAGAACCUGAAGCCUUUAGGACCCAUGCAGUUCCUGGGAGAUGAGGAGACUGUCAAGAAGGCCAUGGAAGCUGUGGCCGCUCAGGGCAAAGCCAAGAAAUAGACCCCCACCCACCAGACUACAGAUAUCAAUCAUGCGCUGCUCAUGUGCGGUUUUUACUGUUGCUGUCAUCACACACACAGACUAACAAUGUGUACUUUUCAAGACCAAGCUUUUCACACAAUUGAUUUAAUUAGUCAUGAAACAUCCAUGUAAUUAUUACACAAUAGAUAUCACAAGUAAUAUUAUUUAAACACUGACCAAAAGGCGAAACGUAGGACCAGCAAAUGGGAGCAAACGUAGACAAACCCUGAAGAGUCAUCCCAUGUACUCCUUCCUAUUUACGAUCCAUGUAUGUGAGGCUCCGAGGGAACAGUAUAACCAAUAAAGAAACACUGGCUGUUGUCAAAGGGGCACGUUUCUCUGUACUGCUGAUUAUUGUUUGCUGUGGCAUUGUGAGAAAAAUAAUAAAUGUUGUAAAACUAU